AUGCGGGGGCGCUCGCUGUGGACACCGCUGUGGGGCCCCCAGGGGCCAGCAGCGCUGCGCCUGCAGCAGCGUGGCUGCGGGCUGCAGCAGCAGGAGCAGCAGCAGGCGCGGGUGCUGUGCAGGCAGCAGCAGCAGCAGCAGCAGCAGCAGCACGAGCAGCAGCAGCAGCAGGAGCCGCAUGAGCAUCAGCACCAGCAGCAACAGCAGCAACAGCAGCAGCUUCAUAGGCAGCAGCAGCUGCUGCAGCAAACCGCGGCCAGGCGCUGGCUGGUAGGUGUCGGCCGCACGCAAGCAGCGGUGAACUGCAGCAGCAACUGCAGCAGCAGCAGCAGCAGCAGCAGCAGGUUCUGGAGCAGCAGCAGCCUUAGGCUACUGAGCACUUACCGGAACGGCCCGAGUGAGUUGGACACAGAGCCAGAUGAAGGCAGCAGCAGCAGCAGCAGCAACGGCGACAGCAGCAGCAACGGCGACAGCAGCAGCAGCAGCAACGUAGGCAGCAGCAGCAGCAGCAGCAGCAACAACUGCGGUGCCGUGCUGCCGCCUGUCUACCCGUCGACGGGUCCUGUAUCUGCCUUUGCCAUAUUUGACCUUCCUGCUUCCUUUGAUGUCAACCUGCCAGUUCUUUCCGCUCGCUACAAACAGCUGCAGCAGCAGAUACACCCGGACAAGGCUGCUGCCAAGUCAGAUGUACGUACACCUCGCAGCAGCAGCAGCAGCAGCAGCAGCAGCGGCAGCAGCAGCAGCAGCAGCGGGAGAAGCAGCAGAAACAGCAGCAGCAGUGCUGGCCAGCUGCAGCAGCAGCAGCGCCCCCGAUUCCCACGCCCGUUAGCUCUUUCUCCCACAACUACCCCGCAGCAGCAGCAGCAGCAGCUGCUGCUGCAGCAGCAGCUGCAGCAGCAGCAGCAGCAGCAGCUGCAGCAGCAGCAGCAGCAGCAGUUUGUGUGGGUGUCUGCAGGAGGAGCAGGCUCUGACGACAGGAUCAAUGAGAGGGAAAUCCUCAUAGAAGUUAUGCAGAUUCACGAACGGCUGGACUCCUGCAAGACCCGAGACGACGUGGACAAGCUAGCCAGUCCUUCCGGCCUGCGCUGCUGCGCCGGCCUGCAGCAGCAGCAGCAGCAGCAGCUCGACGUGCUGCAGGCGCCGCUGCGGCAGCAGCAGCAGCUGCUGCCGCAGCAGCAGCAGCAGCUGCUGCUGCUGCUGCAGGUGCCGCUGCAGCAGCUGCUGCAAAGGCUGACGCAGGCCAAGCUGCACCUGAUGCUGCUGGACGGGCGGCUCCAGCAGCAGCUGCUGCAGCAGCUGCUGCAGCAGGUUCUCGAUCGGCAGCAGCAGCAGCACGCGCUGCUGCCGUGCGUCAGCAACAGCAGCAGCAGCAGCAGCAGCAACAGAGCGUCCAAUCUGCUGCUGCAGCAGCCGCUGUUGCUGCAGCAAGAUUUGCUGCAGCGGCAGUCCCUGCAGCAACCCAUGCAUUCACAAUCCCUGCAGCAGCUGCUGCUGCAGCAGCAGCUGCAGCAGCAGCAGCUGCUGCAGCAGCAGCUGCUGCAGCAGCAGCUGCUGCUGCAGCAGUUGUUUUUAAGCUAG